CAACAUCCAUGGUGAAGAAACACAAGUGAUCGGCGUGCAACGGCGGUGCUUAGAAAUCAUUAGGAGAUGUCUAAAAGGAAGCACAGGUCACCAGGUGAGAGCACUCACAAAAGAGCAAGAUCUGCACCAUUGGAGGAGGAUUCGGAGGACAUAGUUGGCCCAAGUCAGGCCAACUUAGUGGCAGACACUUCCUUAAAGACAUCAGGGGAAGUGGGUAUCAUCGAAAGCAUUUCUUUGAAAAACUUCAUGUGCCAUUCUUUACUGGGGCCUUUUCCUUUUGGAGACAAUGUCAACUUUGUUAUUGGAAACAAUGGAAGUGGAAAAAGUGCAAUCCUAACAGCACUGAUUGUUGGCCUUGGAGGAAGGGCACUGACAACCAACAGGGGAUCCUCCCUGAAAGGAUUUGUGAAGGAAGGAGAAAGUUCAGCAGACGUCUAUAUCACAUUACGUAAUAGAGGGCAAGAUGCGUUUAAGCCUGAGGUGUUUGGACCAGCCAUCAUUGUGGAACUCAGGAUUUCCAGCGAGGGGUUAAGAACCUACAAGCUUAAGAGCAAAACUGGUCACCUUGUGUCUACAAAGAAGGAGGAGCUUGUUUCUAUUCUGGAUCAUUUCAAUAUUCAGGUGGAUAACCCUGUGUCCAUAUUAACUCAAGAAAUGAGCAAGCACUUUUUGCACUCUAAAGGGGAAGGAGAUAAAUACAAGUUCUUCAUGAAAGCAACACAGCUGGAGCAAAUGAAAGAAGAUUACACGUACAUCAUGAAGACAAAAACAGUCACGCAGAAUACAAUUGAGCAACAUGAAGAGUGCUUGGAGGGCUUGAAGCGGAAGUAUUUGGAAAAAGAGGACAAGUACAAAAGUCUGGCUUCCUUGGACGAGAUGCAUACAAAACUACAGGAGCUGCAGCAUCAGAUGGCAUGGGCUUUGGUCACUGAAAUGGAAAGAGAGGUGAAACCAAUGAGGGAAAGAGUCUUAGGAGAGGAGAGGGCUACCGUCAAAUAUGACCAGAAGGUGGAAGAAUGGAAGGUUAAAGUGGUGGAGGCUGAGCAGAAGUACAAGCAGAUCCACGACCAGCUGGAGAGCAUCUCUGAGCGUGUGCAGCAGCUGCAGCCGCAGUGCACAGAGCUGAAGACCGAGGCUCAGAACUGCAACAAGGUGUUUAAAUCUGCUGAGGCUAGUUAUCACCGCUCCAAGACCAAUCUCAGAGAUUUGGAGAAGGAUAAAGAGCAGCUCACCAAGCGCAUCGAUGAGCUCAAGCACAGUAUCAGCCUGUCUACAGCUGCAGACAGACAGGCUCAGAUGGAGAGGAUCAACAGGCUGCAGGCAGAGCUGGACUCUUUGAACCACCAGGACUCCACCCUCUGCCAGCAGAUCGACCAAUUCCAGCAGGUGGUGGCCAGAGGCAAGGAGGAGCUGGCCAAGAUGAAACGGGAGGAGCAGAACAUACAGAGGUCGAUAGAGACCAAGCGGAGGGACCUGAAAGCCAUGGUGGACAGCAAGACGGACAAAGUCAAACGCUUUGGGGAACAGAUGCCUGCGCUGCUGGCUGCCAUUAACGAGGCCUAUGAGAAGGGGCUGUUCCGGAAGAAGCCUGUGGGACCAGUUGGUUGUUGCAUCCGUCUGAAGGACCCGCAGAUGGCUCUGGCAGUGGAGAGCUGCCUGAAGGCUCUGAUUUUGGCCUUCUGCUGUGACAACUACCACGACGAGAAGAUACUGCAGGGCCUCAUGUCCCGCUACUACAACCAGCUCAGAAGGCCUCAAAUCAUAGUCAGCGAGUUCUCCAGCACGUUGUACGACAUCAGUGGGAGAGCUGUCCAUCAUCCAGAAUAUCCCACUGUGCUCCAUGCACUAGAAAUCGAGGAUCCAGUGGUAGCCAACUGUCUGAUUGACAUGAGAGGAAUUGAAACAAUUUUGCUAAUAAAGAACAAUCAAGAUGCCCGUCGAGUGAUGCAGCGUGGCCAGCCCCCUAGGAACUGCAGAGAAGCCUUCACAAGGGAUGGGGAUCAAGUGUUCGCAAACCGCUACUACUCGAGCGACCACCAGAGGGCACAGUUUCUGAGUAGAGAUGUCGAGGAGCAAAUCAGACACCUGCAGACGGAGAUCAAGAAUCAGGAGGCAGAAGUGUUGCGCUUAAGGCAGGGUGUGCAGACAGAGGAGGAGGGCAUUCGGAAGAAUGACAGUCUCCUGAGAAGAGUGUACGAGGACAGAAAAAGGGCCAAGGACAAAUCUGUCAAGAUCCAGCUGGAAAUGAGCGAUCUCCAGAAUGUGGAAGAACCUCAGUCUGAAGACCUCAAUCCUCUGGAGGAGGAGCUGCGGGAGAUUUGUGAGAAGAUCACUGUCUCACGGCAAGAGAGCGACGCUACAAGGCAGCAGAUGGGGGAGCUGAAGAAGGCCUUUGAGGACGCAGAGCAGAGAUACAAACAGCACAAAGACUGUAUCAGCAGAGUCACUGAGGAGGCCGAUCCCAUCAAGGAGGAGCUGAGCAAAAGCGACCAAGAAGUGGAGAGGAGCAAACAUCACAAAAAGCACUAUGAGGAGAAGCGGAAGGCCCACAUUAACGGGAUUCAAAGGCUAAAGGCUGACCUGGAGGUCAAAGAAAAAGAGCUGAAGGCCUCCAAUGAGAAGGCCACAGAGAUCUGCCCUAGGAUGGAGGUGAAGAGAACAGCCAAGAGUCUGGACAGCGAGAUCAACCGAUUGAAACAGAAGAUCAGCACCCAGCAGGAUCAGCAAGGGGACAGGGAUGAGGUCAUCAGGCAGUACCAGGAGGCGCUAGACAACUACAAGAAUAUUGCCCUGCAGGUGAAGCACCUGAAGAAGUUCACCGGCCUCCUGAGCAAGAUCAUGAACGACCGACACAAAGUGUACACCGAGAUGAGAAUGUACCUUUCAGUGCGCUGUAAGUACUACUUUGACUCCAUGCUGUCACAGCGAGGAUACACUGGGAAGAUGACAUUCGACCACAAAAACGAGACACUGUCCAUAUCGGUCCAGCCAGGAGAGGGCGACAAAGCAGCCCUGAAUGACAUGCGGUCUCUGUCUGGAGGGGAGCGCUCCUUCUCUACGGUGUGCUUUGUCCUGGCCCUGUGGGCCAUUGCAGAGGCGCCCUUCCGCUGCCUGGACGAGUUUGACGUCUACAUGGAUAUGGUUAACCGAAGAAUAUCCUUGGACAUGAUGCUGAAAAUUGCUGCCAGCCAACGUUACAGGCAGUUCAUUUUUCUCACCCCUCAGAACAUGAGUUCUCUCCCAAUAAACAACUUGAUCCGGAUUCACCGCCUGAACGACCCGGACCGUAGCCAGACAGUGCUGCCCUUUGGCCAGAGGAACCAGGAGGAGGAUGACGAAUGAUGAAGGACACAUCCCGGCCCUUACUGUAUGCUCUAUGCACUGACCUCUGUUCAGAAGUCAUCAAGCUAUAUGUGGACACUUUUAACAUCAUGUAGCCAGUCAUUUGGUCUGACUUCUGUAAUGUUUUAUUUUUUAUUUGCCAUUUUAUAUCAGAGUAUCAGUAAGGUACACUGCAAAAAAAGAAGUAUUCUCCUAAGUAAAUUACAAGAAUGUAAUCAAUUAUUACAUACUGUAUAAGUUCUCAGGCAACUGACACUUGCAGGAAUGCACGGGUAAAUAUCUUUUUGACAACAGCAGAAAUCGCAUGAGAAAAGUGGCACGCAGUCGUACACAUUCUUUUUUGAAACAACUGAUCACAUUAAAUUUUACGUUUACACAUUUUUCUUGUCAGUAGUUCCAUUCAUAGAACUGCUUCUGGUCAGAAAUACUUGGUGGUAUCUUGUUUCCAGAAGGAUUGUGUCUCUGCUUGAAAUAUUACACCCAUGUCAGACAUAUUAGGGUGACAGGAGUUGUGACAUGGCCUCAUAAAAGUGGUCUGCUGGGAAAAAAAAAGAAAAAUUUGAGCAUAGUGCAUAGUGUUUCAAACAGUACAC